UCAGUGAUAGCUUGACUUUUGGCCUGUUUGACAUGCGUCACAUGUAGAAAACCGAAUGCUGCUGAUGUAAAGGAACACGUUGGUUUCACUUGGUGGUAUCAUAAAUCUAAUUUUAACCCUGUUCUAGUUGCCUCUUGACCACGGAGUAACAGGUUGGCGGUACUUGAGUGAAAUAUUGGCAGACAAAGCUUACAAGCAUGGAUAAUAUCUUCAAGGAAGGGAUGGCGUACCUUCAAGGGGUCAAGUUUGGAAAAAGAACAUGGAGGAAAAUGUGGAUGACGCUUUUUAAACCCAGCUCCUCAGGGGUUGGGCGAUUGGAGCUCUAUACCGAGUUUGACAACAAUGCUGUGACUGAACAGAAGAAGAAGAAAACGCAAGAGAGAAAAGUGGUGCGUUUAAGUGACUGCCUCAGUGUCACCCAUGCUCCAAAUGAGUCUUGCCCUCCUGGGUGCACAGCCUUCUAUUUAAACACCACUAAUUGCAACUACACCCUGGCCACCAAAGAAAGCCAGGACUGGUUGGACGCCCUAUGUCUUCUAGCCUUUCAGAAGGAUCCUGGAGAAUCAGACAAAGGGGGUUUCGAGAGAGGAAAUGUUUGUACCAUGGAGGACAAUGAACUUUACUCAUCUUGGAAAACCGAUCUGAUCCUUCCUUCAAACCAGUACCAGGUGACUGUCCACACCACAGAUGCGUCCAGGAGGUGCCAGUUGGCUGGAGACUAUCUGCUCUCCCCAGAAAAACAGGCUUUGAAACUGCUGGCCAUCAAUACUGGUCACACAAUCUAUUGCUGGCCAUACAUUCUCCUACGUAAAUUUGGACAGGUUGAGGGUGGAUUCAGCAUUGAAGCAGGCCGUCGCUGUGAUUCGGGAGAGGGACUGUUCAUCUUCCUGUCCAGGCGUGGUUCCGAGAUCUUCCAGACUAUAUUAAAGCACUGCUGUGCAGAGAGGAAGUCCUCUGUAAAGCCACUCAGUGACAACAGGAAAUCAUCUAUGGGCCAGUGGCCUGUUCAACUCCCAACCACAACCGAGAAGCCUGCUGCUGCUGCUGCUGCUGACACAGUGGACGAGUCUGCAAACCACUAUGCUACUAUUAAUGAUACAGCUGUGAAUGUAAAUAAACCACCUGUUUUCAAACCUUAUCUCUCUACCAGCAUGGACGAUGUGAGAGAGGAAGGUGAGGAUGAGGAGACACGGUGUCGUUCCCUGGAUGCUGUAAACCUGGGUAAUCUCAUGGACGACGACAUUUAUUGCAACCUAAGGAGAACCACGCCUCCUAUUAUCAGAAAAGAUGUGGUCAAACCUGAGAUAAAUACAGAGUGCAUCUAUUCGGAUUUGAAAGCAGUUCAUUCUCGCUCAAAUCCCCGGCUGCAGCCCUUCUCGUCAGCCCUCUCUCAGCCUGCCCCCCCGCCUCCUCCAUGCACACCUCCCCUAUCUGAUUUUUUUGCCCUACCCAAGCCCCGAUACCAGUGGCAGCCCCCUGUGAAUAACAACAUCCAGCCAGGGUGCAAUGCACAGGCACAGGCGGUGGAUGACAUGAAAGAGAUGGAGGAGGCCAUCAGCUCCUCCCGUGCUACCCCCACAGAGGCCCCUGGCAGUUUUAAACACAGGCUGGCAGAAAUCAUUUCCAAGGACCUGGCAAAGUUCCAGCCACCUCUUCCCUCCGGACCGGGCAGUCCCACAUUAUAUGACUAGGUUAUUAGUUAACAGACAGACUAGAAGGAGCUAUUUUAACCAUGAUAAACUGCCAUGAAGCAUUAUUAUUUCUUUGAAAUCCCCUCCACUCAUUAGGCAUCAGAUCUUGGUUUGCAGAUGUUUGUAUGUUUGUCUGCAGUGGUGGAAUGUAACUAAGGCGCAUGUACUAAAAUACUGCACUUAAGUACAGUUUUGAGGUACUUUUAGUUUAGUUUU